ACUUCCGGUUGGAGCCGUGUGUGUGUGGAGCGAAGCGUUUUUUCUUUAUCGGUUCAUUUCUUUUAAUAAUGAGUGAUUAUUCCAACCAGAACUCGCAAAAUUUUAGUCAAUCGUCAGCAUUUGCAGCCGCUUUACAGAGAGCCAAACAAAUUGCCGCUAAGAUACACCCGGGUGGUCACCAGCAGCAGCAGCAGCCGCACCAACCAGUGAAGAGACCGCACGACGAUCACGAUUCUGGGCCAGAGUUGAAAAAGUUCGGUGGACAGUCUGAUUACAAUAAUGCUAGCUCGCCCACUAGCAUGAGUCAGGCUGCGAUGCAAGCCGCCGCCCAAGCUGCAGCAUUAGCCGCCCGUCUGUCGCAGAACAACAGCAGCAACAACCAGAACAACUUCAACGCACCGAACGCACCCGGUGGAGGCGGUGGAUCGCAGGACCCGAACCAGCGCGUACGUGAACUGAUCAGCAAGAUGGUAAAUCACGGCGGCCCAAUGGACAACGGCAACCAUCCGGGUCAGGGUGGUGGUGGUGGUGGUGGCGGAGGCCGCGGCGGCGGUGGUGGUGGUGGUGGUGGUGGCGGCGGCGGCGGCGGUGGCGGUUUCGGCACAUUCCAGGAGAUGAUGAUACCUGGAUCGAAGGUGGGCCUCAUCAUUGGCAAGGGCGGUGAAACGAUCAAGCAGCUGCAGGAAAAGACGGGCGCCAAGAUGGUGAUCAUACAGGACGGGCCGGGGCAGGAGAUGGAAAAGCCGUUGCGCAUUUCCGGCGACCCGCAGAAGGUGGAACAGGCGAAGCAGCUAGUGUACGAGCUGAUCCAGGAGAAGGAUGCGUACUCACAGCGGCAGAACAUGAACGGAGCGGAACAGGCGGAAGUGUUCGUACCGAAGGCGGCCGUCGGUGUGGUGAUUGGCAAAGGUGGCGAGAUGAUCAAGAAGAUACAGGGCGAGUCGGGCUGCAAGCUACAGUUUAUACAGGGCCGUGGCGAUGGGCCCGGCGACCGGCGGUGCAUUGUGCAGGGCUCGAAGGCACAGGUCGAGGAGGGUAAGCGCAUGAUCGAGGACCUGAUCGACAGUGUGCUGCGCCGCGAACAGCAGGGUGGUGGUGGUGGCCGCGGUGGUGGAGGCGGCGGUGGAGGGGAUGGUGGACCGCACGGACGCGGUGGCAUGGGAGGAAACUCCAACCAGGAUAAUAACUAUAACAACUACAAUGGACCGCAGGUGACACGGUUGGAGUACACCUUCACUGUGCCGGUAUCGAAGUGUGGGAUAAUUAUCGGACGCGGUGGCGAUACCAUCAAGCAGAUCAACCAGCAGUCCGGUGCCCACACCGAGAUGGAUCGGAAGGCGUCGCAAAACCAGACGACGGAGAAAACGUUCACCUGCAAGGGCGAGCAGCAUCAGGUGGACGAAGCGAAGCGGUUGAUUCAGGACAAAAUCAACAUGGAGAUUAACAUGUUGUACGUUGGCUCCACAUCCGUGCCGGUCAAUCAGUACCAGAACAAUGGUGCCGGAGGCGGCGGUGGUGGCGGUGGUGGUGGCGGAGGCCCGAACGCAUACCAGCAGGGUGGCUGGGGAGGAUAUCAGUCACAGGGUGGCUGGGAGCAGCAACAAUCGGCCCAGGUAAAUGCUGUUUCGGCCGCCGCCGCAGCUGCAGCAGCGGCAGCACAGCAACAGCAACAACCGCAGGCAGAUUACUCGCAACAGUGGGUCGAGUAUUACAAGCAAAUGGGAAUGCAUAGAGAAGCGGAAAUCAUUGAGCAACAGAUUAAAGCACGACAGGCAGCCCAAGGAACAAUGUCAGCUAAUCAAACUGUGCAAGGUCAAACAGUGAUGGGAGCUGCGGGAGCCGGUGCGCCACAACAGCAGGCACAGCAGCAACAGCAGCAAGUUGGCGGCCAGGCAGACUACAGUGCGGAAUGGGCCGAAUACUACCGGCGGACUGGCAAAAUCGACGAAGCGGAAGCGAUCGAGAAGCAGAUCGCCGCGAACAAGGCCUUGCAAGCACAGGCCGUUGCGGCAGCGGCUGCAGUGGCGGCGGCCACCGGUGGUAACCAGCCCGGUGGACCGGGUGGAGCUGGUGGCGGUCAGUAUGGCGGCGGAGGCGGCGGAGGCCCACAGCAAGGACCCGGCGGCUACGGCGGUCAGCAGUACCAGCAGUACUACGGUGGUGGUGGUGGCGGUGGUGGAGGCGGUGGCGGUGGAGGUGGAGGCGGUGGUCAACCGGGAUAUGCCGGCUACCCGUACGGUGGUGGCUAUCCGGGACCAGGUGGUGGUGGCCCUCAAAAUCAAUCGAAUGCAUCUAAUCAGGAUAAGAAUUAG